UAAGAGCUGCCUGCCCCGUAGUGUUUGGAGGUUUACAGCGAGGACGGGACGGCAGCUUCUCCGCCGGAGGCUGGAAGUGCUGCUGAAGUGGUCGGUGCUACGGUCCUCGGCAGUCCCUGGGCGUCCAGGUGACUAUCGCGCGAGGCCAGGGUACCAUCGAGCCGCCGGGACAGCCGCCAGCGGAUCCUCCAGCGCGCCUGAAUCCGUCGAAAGAUGAGCUCGGCUUCGACCGGAGGUACGGAGGGGUCUAGUCCUGCCUCUAGCCCUGCCUCGGCCGCGAGUCUUACGAUGGCUGCGCCGAAAUACGGUACGCUGGUACCGAACCGUGUUUUCGUAGGUGGCAUUUCGGCCAGCACCAGCGAAGCGGAGCUGGCUCAGGUUUUCUCGGCCUACGGCAAUGUCAAGGCCACGAAAAUUAUAUCGGACCGCGCCGGCGUGUCGAAGGGCUACGGCUUCGUCACCUUCGAAACGGAGGAGGAGGCCAAGCGGCUUCAACAGGAGGCUGAUUGCAUCGUCUUGAGAGAGAGGAAGCUCAACAUAGCGCCCGCGAUCAAGAAGCAGCCCUUCUCCAGAUCCUUCGACGGUAGUACCGGUUCGCCUCCUUCCGUGCCUACAAGUACUUACUAUUACGCGAACGGUAUGGGUCUCACUUAUCAGAAUGGCAUGACAUUCUAUAACACGGCAGCUGCCGCACCAGCGACUUCCAUCGCUCCACCUACGGACCCAGGAACGAUUUAUCAAGCCACAGGAGUGUUUGGGCCUCAAGCCGCUACCGGACAUCAAACGUUCGCUCCCGUGAUGUAUCCAUGUCCGGCCCCAUCGCUGUACAUGCCACAACAGUACCAGUAUUCUCCUAUGCCGUACGAACCGUACUACGCAGGAGCGGCCGCCGGGGCACCUCAGUACUUGUACGCGACUACCGGCAGUUCGCCGAGCAACACGAACGGUGGUGGAGGUGGUAACAGUUCCGGCAGCAGCGGCAAUAACGGUACAGGAGCUACCAGCCCGCCGACGGGCCCACCACCACCUCUCCCACCACCGCAUCCGACGCACUUUUACGCUCCUGCCGCACCGGCCCCGCAUCAUCAUCCACCUGUACCAACGGGCCCUCCUCCCCCGGCGCAGGUGGAUCAUCUGUACUAUCCCUUCGCGGCCGGUCCGCAUCCCGCGCCGCCGCCGCCGCACGCGCCAAUGGGACUGACCGAGCAGCAGCUGUUACUGUACGCCACGGACGCUACUUCGUGCCAGCAGACCUCCGCGACUGACAGUCAGGCUGCCCCGCAGGAGGAUUCACGUCCGACGCCAAACCACUCGGAGCAACCGCACAGCGAAGUGCAACAGGCUGCUUCAGGCUCACCGGCAACACCUCUGCUGCCCCUAAUGCCCGUCAAAUUCCCCGGUCGUUAUCACACUAAUUACCAUCCUAUCGCGAUACACACGCCGCACAGCGCGCAAAACGACAGCGAGGACUGCGCCGCCAGUCCGAUGCACUGUCGCAUCCUCUAUCAUCCAACCGUGUACAUUCCGCACACGCACCCGCCGCCGCCGUACACGCAUCAUAACGCGUCCGGUACCGCUAGUCUCCUGCCGACACCGUUCUCGGCCUCGCCGCAUCAGUCCGGUUACGACAACAGCAACGCGAAAACGUACAGCCACAAUUCCAGAGACUGCAAUAAGUACGCGGGCGGCCAGGGUAACAGUUUACGCGGUCAGGGGGGUCAGAAUCACGGCUACCCGUUGGCACAUCACAACACGCACGCCAAGUCGCAGAACACACACGGCGGUUCGCAAUCACACAACAGCAAGUACAGCGGAAACGCGGCGGACGGGUCGCACAAAUAUCCGACGAUAGCGGUGUCGUCGCGAUUGCCGGUACAGUACAAUAGGAGAACGGCUGGAUCGAACGUGGGCUCGUCGGCGAUCCUCAGGUCCGGCGGCGGUUACGCCUCGAGUAACCAGGCUGCGCACAAGGUCAAUCACACCACGACGUCCAAUUAUUCGUACGCGACGAACGGACGCGCGAGGCACUGCGGCGACGAUCAGUAUUACGAGAUCAACAAACCGUCGAUGACCGGUGGUCAUUACGGCUCGGGCCGUAAGCACUAUCUCUCGAGUAAUAACAAUAACAACUACAGGGGAAGCGCCGCCCGGUUGGACGCGCACGGAAACGACAACGGUCGGCCUAACAAUGACACGGCUCAGACGGACAGCGCCGUCGUCGUCACGAGCACACCGACGACGCUGUCCUCUCGCCUGUCGCCAUCCGAGCGGAUAAACGCGGACGCGUCCAACGCCCAGGAGAAACCGGCGAGCCCACCGCCAGCUCCGUACUCACCCAUGACACGGCCUCUUCCAACCCUCUCCCCGCCCGCUCCCCAGGUCCAGUUUUACGCCCCGGCUCAGAAUCGUUAUCAGCCAUCCUCCAUGCCCCUGUCCCAACCGCAGCAGCAGCAGCAGCAACCCGCCGGCAAUCAACGCAGCCGGUACUCCGUCGGCCAGGCACUAGCGUCCGCCAAUCGGAAGCCGUCCGACAAGUAUUCUAGCACCACCGGGUCGCAGACGACGAUGCUGCGGCAGUCCAAGUACAAGGUGAACGGUAUAAUGCAGACAACGGCGGUGGCGAGCAAGCUCGCCGACGAUGCUCUGGGAGGCGCCGGCGACGGUCCUGGCAGGCUACCGAUAACGCCACCCGGUACACCGCGGACGGCCGGCCAUCCGGCAGCCGGCGAUCAGAAUCAGUUGAGCGAAACGUGCCAUCAGAUGCAGGCGCUGACUCUGUAGACACUUCCUACCCUCCUUUCUUUGUUCUCUUUGCCCUCUUUGUUGUCUUCUUGAUAAGAGUAAAUAUUUAUCGUAUAAAAGUCGAGAGGGGAGACCACGCGCGACCUAAGACGACGGCUGCAAAACUGUGAAAAACAGUGAAAAUCCAAGACACGCGACAUACAUACAUGUACACUCAAUUAUAUAUGUACACAUAUACAUAUACAUGCUACGGUAUAAUUUCUCUGGUGAUCUCAGACUCGACAUGCUGAUGACAUAUUCUGUAUUCUAUAAGAAUAAAAUCCUUCCCAGUUCGAUCGUCAUAGCUCGCUGAUCGGUCGAGCAGGAUUCGAAUGAGAGAAGAUCGUAUGAGCACGUGCAAAGAAUGAUAUAUUAUUAAUUAUAUGUGUGAAGAGAAAGAAAGAGACCGAUGUACCUAGAAUGAAACCAAGUGUUCUAGAUAUAUCUGCUUCUUUCUCUACUGUAGCAGAGAGUUAACGAAGAUGAAACUUCUAUCUUACCGCAUACACAAAAACACAUACACACACAUAUACACACAUAAAUAUAUAUAUAAGUACGAUACGUCAUUUACAUAUAUAUAUAUAUCUACGUUAUAUAAUAUACAUAUAUAUAUAUAUAUCUAUUACAGUAUAUCCAAUGUUAUAUGCGUGAUAGGCUCGACAAACCAUGAAUCUCGCGAGCAAGGCUAGAUUAGUUAGCAAAAGAUAGAAUCGAAAGAAAAAAAAGGAGAAAAUAACGUUGUUAUCGUACAAAGACGAUGUGUUGUCAUGUGUUCAAAAACAAAAAAAAAAGAUGAAAAAAUAAAGCAGAAGGGUAACAGGGAGGCGAGAUAGGGUUGAUUUCAUAAACGGUUGCUCAAGGCACUGCCACAUCUCCAUGAUUUUUCGUUUUCUAUCCCCCCCGUGGACCACGGGGGUUAUUAUCCGUACUUAUAGUUUCUCUCUCUCGUUAGAGUAACCGUGAAUCUGUAUUUCAUCGCGUAUUUCGAAUGUAGAGCGGAUUAACAACCAGAUUCCGUUAUGCUUUUCGUUGACAAAUUUCCGCGCUAAACAUUGUACAUGUAGCUGUUAUAAAUACCGAGGGAAAAAAAAUAAUAAUAAUCGAGACCCAAGUACGAAAGAUGAGACGCCCCGUAUACCCAAGUGAAAAUAAGAUAAGAUAUUAAAAGAAGAGAGAAAUAAUAAUAAUGAAUUAAAAAAAAAUGUGUCGGCUGUGAGCUUCCAAGCAAAUAACAAUAAUUAAAUUAUUAUAAUAUUAAAAGUUAAAUAAUAUUCUACCUAAUUGUUACGAAGGUGGAUUUCUUUUACCUGUAAAUGUGAAACAAAUUUGUUAUCUCGUAUCUCGCAUACCGUAGCUAUGAUUGUCCAUUCGAGAGAGAAAGGGAGAGAGAGAAAGAGAGAGAGAAAGAAAGAAAGAAAGACUUGAGAUUUUGUAGCGCCGUCAUGUGAAUGUCGUGGCGCGUAUUACCUGAGGAUUUCGGCGACACCGGAAUGUCGUGUCGGUACGUAGCUAGAUGCGAACGCGACAGACAAGGGCCUAGAAGAAGCCGUGGAGAUAUAAUAUCCGAGAGUGAGUUGUUAUAACACAAGGAGAUUAAUUUAUUGAGAAAAAAAAAAAGAAGAAAAGCAAGAGUGCCUUCUAUUUGUUUUCGUGAUUGUAUUGUUGAACAUUUGUUGCGUUACGUUCUCCGAGAGCCUCUAAUGUUGUUAUAAGAAAAAAAAAGAGAUGUUUGAAGAAUGUUGUUCCUCUAUUUAUUUAUUGAUUUAUGGGCACGUGUGAUGCUAGUACGCCCAAUUGUAGCCUCAGCGAAUUCAGACGUGUGAGAGAGAGUAUGAUGAUGCUGUUUUAAGCGGAUCUGGCGAGUACGGGAGAGUAAACUGUGUGUAACGAGAGAGCGAACGUGGUUGAAGCGCAGUAAACGGAGUCAUGUCACGUUAUGUCGAUGAGAGAGAUGUUACAGAGAGAGAGAGGAGGAACGAGUGAAGAAAUGUAGCGAGUGCGAGUCGUGUGAAUGAGUGUCACAAAUAGAGGGAGGGAAAAUGGAGAGAAAGAGAGUGAGUGAGUGAGAGUGAGAGAAAAUGUAGCUUAUUAUGACACCUAGUACUACGUAUAGGUGGAACGCGAGAGAGGAUAUCCUCACAUGUGUAGCGAUAUGUGUAUGUGUACAUAUCCGCCGUGUGGAUGCAUACGUUUGCAUAUACGUACGCACACGCACGUACGCGUGUAUCGAUAUGUACAGAUGCACAUAAUUUUAUAUAUAUAUAUAUAUAUAUAUGUAUAUAUAUAUAUAUAAAAUGUUGAAGCGAGAUGAUACAACAUAUACCGAAGAUAUCUAGGAUGUAAAUGCGAAAGAGAUACGCGUUAUUUAGUCGUGUGUAUUUGUGCUCGCGCGCGAAUUUGGAUAGGUGGCUGUGAUUUAUUGCGUGCAAGUACAGAUUUAUAUGUGAGCAGUGUGGCUCGUGUAUCUACUCACACAAGCACACGGAUAUUUUACGUAUAUAUAUAUAUAAAUAAAAAAAAAAUAUAUAUAUAUACAUAAAAUACGUGUAUCUAUUUAAGAGAAAAAGCGAUAGAUUAUUUAAACAAAAGAAGUGCAAUUCUAUGUUGACUUUGGUACAACAAAGCUAACAAAUCGAACGAAUAUUGUUAGAUUAAAAACCGCGAGUAUUAAAAACCUGUGUACUAAAUUUAACGUAGAAUGGUGCUGUACUUGAUUGGAGAAAAUAUGAUAAAAUAUAUAUUACAUAAAAUAAUAUUAUAGUUUUAAUCUAAAGAGGAUAAAAAAAGAAAAAACAGAGGAGAUCUAAGAUAGAAAUCAGAGCUAUGUGUAGUAAAAAGAGUAUAGGAACGACGAAUGUAUCAUAUGCAGCAAAAGAGAGUGCAUUUCGGAUCGUGGAAUUUCGUCCUGGCUCCCGGUCCCGCAAAAAUGUUGCCGGGCGAAAUUGACGAAGCGCAUGCGCGCGCGCGUAGCUUUCGAAACAAUCUGUAUUAAUUUAUUAUCUCGCAGCGGAGAGCCCACGUUGCUCCCGCAAUGAAUACCGCGACUUAGUGCAAGGUAUAUAUUAUUGACGUGAGACGAUUUCCCGCAAGGCGACGGCAAGAAUUAUUUGCACAUUGGAUACAUCGGAUGAUAACAGGUAUUUGUUACGUUUAAUUUGCCGUCGUGGACGACAUAUAAUUUCAAAAUGCUUGCGGCUUACUCGAGAAACCGAAUUAUUUUCCUAAUUAGAUUCGCAAUUGCCGCCAAAUACAUUGAUGCACAAUGUAUCCAUCGUGGAACUAUAAUUUGAUAUACCUCCGUGUAGAUAAGUAGAAUCGGUAGUAUUGUUCAUUUCACCAAGAGGAAACUAGAAGGGCGCGUUCCACGAUCCACGUGUGCCACCGGUGAGACAAAUUUAUGUAUUAAUAAACAUAAAUUAUACACAAAA